AUGUCAUCGACUUAUAAUUUGGAAAUUAUCUACGAUGAAAAUGAAUAUGCUGUCUAUUAUCCUGGGCAGACAGUUAGAGGUCACGUUGAGCUGACUAUUAAUUCACAGCCAUUAAAAUUGCGAGGUUUAUCAAUAUUAAUAAAAGGCAGUGCAGCAUGCAAUUACUCAAAAGAUUUACAAGCCGAACAAGAGUUCUUUAUGAUUGAUAGGGAAGUAGUCGAGUCAAAAGCUGAGGCUAUUGAAUUAGGUCCUGGAAACUUCACAUAUGAAUUCAGCCAUCGAUUGCCUAGAAACAUCCCAUUUAGUGUUGAUGGAACGUAUGGAAAUGUAAAAUAUUUUGUGCAAGCAACAAUUGACAUUCCAUGGGACUUGUAUGAUAGAAAAAUCUCCAAACCAUUCACAGUUUUGCGCUAUGAGGAUCUUAAUUACAUGUCAGGCAUGCGAGAAGGAAGAGAAGUUUCAAUUCAAAAGCAAAUUGACUCGUCAGCAUGGUUCUUUUCGAGAUCUUCUCUUGGUCUUGUUACAAUUAAGGCACAGAUUCCAAGAUGUGGAUUUGCUCCAGGUGAAAAAAUUAAUGUUGAUGUAUCGAUUGAUAAUCAAACGUCUGCUGAUAUAGAAAAUGUCUUGAUAUCAUUACAAUAUAAUGAGAAUUAUACAGCACAAACACCAUGGGCGAAAUUGGAAGAAAAGAUUUCAAAUAAGAUAAGCGAGACGAUUGCUGAAGGCAUUAAGGCAGGAUACACGAAAAAGAUUAAAGAGAGUGUCUUGGUACCUGAAAAUUCCAAAAUCACCAGCGUAAUGUUCUCAAAUGUCUUCCAGAUAUCAUAUCAUGUUCAAAUCACAGCCAAAUUUCGACGUGCCACUAUUCCCAUCUCAAUUCCAAUCUACAUUGGAUCAGUUCCAUUAAAACCUGAAGAAGAAGGCAGAAAAGUUGAAGGAAUUCCUCCUUUAUGGCCACCCCAAUACUCAAAGAAUGGUGCUAUUAAGCAACAAGAUGAUGCUCAAUCAACAGCCAGUGAAUAA